GGCCCUUUUGGCAUGUGCCAACAUUUUGGGUCAUCAUCAUCGUCAAAUGGGCGCGUGCUCACGACAGGUCACCAUUCACGGUUUGUGCCAGGAAUGAGCGAAUCGCCGAGCGAAUCGCCAGCCAGCCUGCCAUGAGGAAGGGUGAAAACCCCGAGAUGUCGACGACCACGAGCUCGUACGAGACAGCGCUCACCACAAUAUCCAGAAACCGCGACAGAGAGUCCACCAAAGAGCAAGCUAGAGAGGACAGUGCCCGCGGAUCUUUGCCCUCGACAGCGUUGGCUCCGGUUUCCGAGACCAUGCCCGAAAGACUCGAGUCGCCGGACCUCGGUUCUGACCAGGCCGAGGAGGCAACUGGGGGUGCGUCCACCGAGUGCUCGCCUGCCGUCAAAGUGCCGAGCGACCAAUGGUUACCGCGACGUCUUUCGCAGCUGGGAAUACCAUACAUACCGCGAACGGGGGAGAAAACGUCCACAAAACCUGCCGAGGAACCUUCCAAGGAGACAUCUGAGGAACGUUUCGUGAAACCUUCCAGAGAACCCACGAAGGAACCUUCUAAUAAACAUUCAAAGGAACCAUCCGAUGAACAUUCCAAUGAAUCCGUCCAAGGAGACUUUGAAGAAACCAUGUGAGGAACCUACCAGGAAACUUUCGGAGCAGCGUUCCAAGGAACGUUCCAAAAAGCCACCUCAAGGACACUCCGAGAAACCCACUCGGGAGCUUUCUAAGACAACUUCAACGAACUGUCCGAUGGACCAUACAAAGUAACUUCUAAGGAGCCUUCCAAGCAAACAUCCCGCUGGAGAUGCCGAAAAAAGUUCGACGGAGCCUUCUAGGAAAUCUUUCGAAGAAGCUCUCAAGAAAUCUUCCCAGCGAGCUUCGAAGGAACGUUGCAAGGAACCACUCAUAGAACUGUUCGAGAGAUCAUCUACGGAACCUUCAAAGGCAGCCUCGAGGGACUUCCCUGCAAAAUCUGCAGAAUCAUUCACACGACCUGCCACAGAGCCCGCCACGGAAC